CUCGAUGCGAGAAAACGCAUCGGUGCCUCUGAGAUGUUGUUAAAUUCCACGAUAGAUACACACAAUAAAUAAAAAGAACUACUUUGGCUGCUAUUUAAAUGUGUUUAACACCAUGGAGGUUAUCGAGACAAUUGUGAUACAAAGUACUGAAGUGGAAGAAAAAGAGACGGUCGUGUCCAGUGUGGACACCGAUAAAACCAAAGCAGAAUUUAUAUGGACACUACAGGCUACAUGGCACCUUGUCAACACCAGACUUGAAAUGGACCAGGCUUUUGACCAGCCAGUAUGCAAGAAAAAGAAACUUUGGGAGAUGGUGGCAGAGAAGGUGAACGGCAAACUAAGGGAGUCAGAGGUCACUGAUGUCACUGUGAAGGCGUACGAGUGUGACCUCAAGUGGAGAAACAUGCUGGCCACAUACAGGAAGAACGCAGAAAGGGCCAAGAGGCUGGGGGUUGCCAGCGUCCACUGGGAGUUCUUCAAGGCCAUGCAUGAGGUCCUGGGUAAGAGCAGGGAGGAGAUCGAAGCCCAGCGAAGGGCCAAACUCAGUGGGACGAGAGUGGGCAAAGCCAUAGCCAGCAAGAGGUUUACCCCAAUCCUCCCUACACCUCCUGUGAUGGCUGCUCCCUGCACCGCCCGGCCUCCACAGGACGUCCUGCAGCUGUACAUGGAGCUGCAAGAGAGGAAGAUGAACAUGUGGGCCCAGCAGAAAGCUCUGGAGGAGAGGAAGAUAGAGGCUAUUAACAACCUGGCCCAGGCCAUCUCCAGCCUAGCUCAAAAGAACAGCACUCAGAUGACAAAGGAUGGACAUUAGGCCAAAGGAGACAUGAACUUCCAUGUGUGUUGUUAUGAAACAGCACGAGGAAAACUUAGUAUUUUGUUUUUUAGUUGUCAUGUUGGCACGUUUUUACUGUUACAGUUUUAGGAAUAGUUUGGCCAGUCUGACCUCUGUAGAACUUGACACAACAGGUAAAGCAGUUCAGAAAUGAACUAACUGUAAGCAGAUUACAUGACUCCUCAAAGUUGUCCUUUUCUGUUGAUGUCCUAAUUGUCACUUAUUUUUCUACCAAAGGAGAGGAGUGAAUUAUGGUUGACUGAUGUUGGAGAGUAAGAACAACUAAAAUGUUACUCACAAGGCACCAUAACAUCACUGUACCAGUUAUUAUUAUCAGAUGUCAACAACCUAUGCAAGAACAUGUUAUUUUUUAUGUGGGCCCCAUGACUGAACAAACUGACGCAAUGAUUAUGAUCAUUGUUCAAGAGAAGUCAAAGUCAGACUUAAACCUCUAUAUUAUAAACUAGUCUGAUAACAGUAUUCAUAGACAGAUGCACUUUCACUAUUACUGUAUUAAUCAUUUACACAUUAUCAGGCAGUAUGAACAGCUUCACUAUGUAGUGUAUUACAAUAAACAGUCCUGCAAUAAA